AGCCCCGCGCGACUAAAUAAGGCACCAGUGCUUAUCUUACCUACGCACGCUUCAGGCCGCAAAGUCACAGGUGAUUGCUUUCCCUCCAGGGCUACGACUUGUGACGUCUCUUGUCUCUUGGAGUUAGUGGGGUCAUCGGUCGUGAUCUCUUUCAAUCGUCAUUCACCAUUUUAGCUCCAAAGUAAAAGGGGCGCAUCUUUCUUCAUCAUUGCAGUCAUUGCAGUCACUGCAGUUAUUCACAAUACUUCAACUUAUUUUAAAGCCCUAGUGCCUAUUGUAAUUGUAUUGUAUCUUACUUCGUUGUAUCUUACCUUACCUAAACUAACUUGUUCGACGUAAAACGAACGACGCCGUCUGAGCCGGCAUCUCGGCCCCUUUCCUUUUUCUUUCUUUUUCCUUUUCCCGUUUCCCUUUUUUGCUUUUCCUUUUCUUUGUUUAGACUGUCCCCGUUUUCCACGGCAUCAGAUCUACCCAAACGAGACUAAGACACACCCUACCUCCGUACUACGUAACCAUAACUCUACAAACCUGAAUACCUUCUCUCGAACUCGAAAAAGUUGACAUUGUCCGAAAGCCGAACUAGGUCAUUACCAGGAAUCGAGGAAUCGAUUUCUAUUUUACAUACUACAAUCACUUCUGCGCUUCCGAGCUAAAGCCGUCGCCAUGUUUGAUCUUAUUCCGAAGCUUCUCUCCUCCGUAGCAUCCUUUCUCUUUCCCCUCUUUGCUUCGUACAAGGCUCUCAAGACCUCCGACCCCGCGCAGCUGACACCAUGGCUGAUGUACUGGUCCGUCGUUUCCUGCGCCCUCCUCGCCGAGUCCUGGACCGAGUUCAUCCUCGUUUGGAUACCGUUCUACUCUUAUAUCCGAUUUUUCUUCUUACUCUACCUCGUUUUACCCCAAACCCAGGGCGCACGCGUGCUAUACGAGACGUACCUCAACCCGUACCUUGAGGAGAAUGAAACCGCGAUUGAAGACUUCAUCGCUAGCUCCCAUGAUAGACUCCGGGCUGCCGGCAUGGCGUAUCUGAAACGCGCCAUCGAGCUUCUCCGGACUCAAGUCUUGGGCCUGCCGCCCAGCGAGGAGCGAGAAGAGACUCGAGCCGCCGCCGCACCGCAAGGAUACACCCAAGCGUUGCUUGCUAGAUUCAACAUGCCGGCGGCGCGAUGGGGCUCGAACAAUGCCGGGAGCUCGGGACAAGAUUUCUUUAACAUGUUAACUAGUGCCGUGGGCGCUGCCACUGGUAAUCUGAUGGCUGGCGGAGCAUCGACAUCGUCGGCGGCGAACAUUUCGUCGUCAACGGCGACUUUAAUCCCGGGGAAUAUCGGCGGCGCGGAAGAGAAGAUGACCUUCAUCACCGCGCAGAAGGAGAAGCUAGCGUUCAUGAUGGGAGCGCUAGAAAAGGAGGCCCUGGAGCUUCAAAGAGCCGAAGAAGAGCGCAAGAUAGCUGAGCAGGCAAGGAAGGACCUACGGCCCAGCAGCAUGAGCUUGGACGGACAGGAGAGCCCGGCUUCUCGGCCGCCAAGCGGGCACAGCGUGUGGAGCGGCCUAAGUAAGAGCCGGAGCGAAGUCGAUUUCGAAAAGAUCGACGCCGAGAGCGGAGCUGAGGACGACGGCAGCUUACGCCAGAGAGCAUCCAUUAUUGCAUCGAGUCCGGGCGGUGGCGCCAGAAACAGCAGCUGGAGCUUCCUAGGUUGGGGGGGAGCCUCCUCCGGGCAAUCAGAGCCAGAUCAGCCAAACACGGGACUCAGCUCCGGCGUUGAGAAAUAGUCGAACCAAGGCAUUGGGUUCGAUGGGGCAUGGAGUUAAAGGGUUUGGUGAUGGGAGCUUCAUUUUUUAUGUUGCUGUUCUUCUUCUCCAAUAACUAAACAAAACAAACAAACAAACCACAGCUCCUUUUUUUGUCUGGAUUGCAUAACCUUAGGUAUAGGCACCUUACCUAGACUCUAGAAAAGUCGCGAAACCCACUAUAAAUCGUGGAAACCUUACUUACCUCCUACCUACUCCCCCUUUGUGGGCUGUACGCUAUGUAUGCGAGCGUGACGGAUACAUAUACCUUUUUUCUUCUAGAAAUCUGCGCGUGAAGCUCUUCGUCAUCCCGUUCAUCUUUCCUUUUUAUGAUUCACGUUUAAC